AUGAGGACAAUAGCGCCAAUUGCAGCCCCAGCAACUGCCAUCAACAAUCCAUCUAGGAUCUUACCCGCCUUACUAUCAGUCGAUUUUGUUGGUACCGCGGCACCACUUGUGCUUGUUCCAUUAUUGCCGGCUGCCGAAGAAAUAGACGGUGCAGGAGUAGUCGCAGGAAUGGUGCUGGCUUCAGAUGAAGUGACAAGGACGGUCGUAGCUCCGGUCGAGCUACCUGUUGAAGAUGCAGAAGCUGAGCCGGUCAAUGUGGCCGAGGAUCCCGGAGCCGAACUGGUCGUCGAGGUUGCAGACGCCGAAACAGUAGUAGAUGUAGCAGAAACCGACGCUAUUGUCGCGGAUGCAGCGAUCGAGGGCGUCCAGCAAGAGAGAUAUGAGGUUGUGCGUACUGCUGUGCCGGAGUAG